AGCGAAUGGGAGGCGCGGGCUGGGCGCGGGGCGAAGCUCGCGUGGCUGACGACUCUGACUUCGAGACCCUGAAGCAGCUCCUUGCUUCCGAAGACGGCUGGAACCUGGAGUACGAACGAGAUGGCGUCAAAGUAUGGGCCGAGGAUGCGGCUCAUGGCGCGCUUCGCACCGUUAAGGUGGUGGCAGAGUUCGAGGACGUGUCUCCGGACGCGCUGUACGAUGUGCUGCAUGACCCGGAGUACCGCUCUGUGUGGGAUACCCACAUGCUGGCCGCUGAGGACGCUGGGCAUAUCAACGUUAACAACGACGUCGGAUACUACGCAAUGUCAUGUCCAGCACCGCUCAAGAACCGAGACUUCGUUCUGCAGCGCUCCUGGCUCGACACCGGCAACGAGAAGAUGAUCCUCAACCACUCCGUCUACCACAAAGACUACCCACCCCGGAAAGGCUUUGUCAGAGCCGUAUCACUGUUGACGGGCUUCGUGGUGCGGUCGCGGCAGGGCGCUGGCAGCUGGUUGGGCUACGUCUCCCGCUCAGAUCCCCGCGGCGCGCUGCCCGCAUGGCUCGUCAAUAGGGUGACUGCUCAAUUAGCACCUCGGCUAGUGCAUCAGCUACACGCGGCAGCACGCCGGUACCCAGGCUGGAAGGCGCUCACAGACUCCCCCUACUUCAAGCCUUGGAGGAAUCCCGAACAAGUACCAUCAUACAGAAUCUCUAUAGAAGAUUGCAUUGACCCCGACGCUCCACCACCUCCUUCUGAACCGAAACCAAAUACAUCGAAGGUGAAACUUGAAGUGCCACAACCCAAAGAAGCAGAAAGCCAUAGCAUUGAAGACUUAGGAGACAUAUCAUCAGAGUUCAGCGUUGAAGUCGAAGAAGAAGUAGAACAUACCGCAGAUCCUACAAAGAAGAGAGGGAAAUUUUAUAAAUUAGUCAAAUCUAUGAAAAAUAGACGAAAAAGUGUUCAAGUGGCGAAGAGUGCUGAUAAUUUACUUGACGGGAAACCUCCAGAAGAGAAGGAGAAGAAGAAGCCCUUUAAAUUUCAUCGGAGAUUCAGUUUAAGUAGGGGACGAGAAGAUUAAGUUAAUACAGAAUUGUAAUCUUUAAUAAAAAUGUGUAAUUUGGAAGUUUAAAAGUUUACUUUGUUACUGUAGUAGAUAUACUAUAAUUAGGCUUUCAAUUACAUGGAUUUCCAAAUAUCUAAACAAUCAACCGUGAUCAAAAUAAUUUGUAGGUAAUGGGGAUUUUUUUUGGAAUAAAUUUAAUUCGAAUUGUUAAUAAUAGCAGAUCUGUAUCGUGAAUGAUGUCG